AUGGCUUCUGUUCCGGUGAAACCAUUACCUCCGGUUAGCUCACAUCUUCGCCGGAACGUCACUAACACGGCGUCUUCAAAAUCUUUGCCAAUGCUCGGUUCGAACCGGCAUUUUCUUGGAAAUUCUACGUACAAUAGAUGCUUUGAUUCAUUGAGGCAUAUGAGGAAUCCGGCGUCUUUGAGCCACCGUGGUUAUACGGUGGUUGCGUCGGCGGGAAACUUGGCGGCCCCGUCGUGGGAGUCGUGGAAGCCAGAUAAGACGGCGGCUGCGACGGCUUUGUUGUUGAGUGACAUCAUUUGGCCUGCUGCUGGAGCGUUUGCGGCUAUGGCAAUAUUGGGAAGAAUGGAUCAAAUGUUAUCUCCAAAAGGGAUUUCAUUGUCAGUUGCACCACUUGGUGCCGUCUCCGCCAUUCUUUUCACCACUCCUUCUGCCCCUGCUGCUCGGAAAUACAAUAUGUUUUUAGCUCAAAUAGGCUGUGCUGCGAUUGGAGUAGUAGCAUUCUCCAUCUUCGGACCGGGCUGGCUCGCCCGAAGCGUGGCUCUCGCCGCUUCCAUCGCUUUUAUGGUCAUUGCUCGUGCCAAUCACCCUCCUGGUAAAUUCUAUUUGUAG